UGUCUGAGGACCAACCACCCAGCGCGCCCUAGACCUUCUGUCUGAGGACCAACUAUGAAGGGGGCCCUAGACCUUCUGUCUGAGGACCAACUAUGAAGGGGGCCCUAGACCUUCUGUCUGAGGACCAACUAUGAAGGGGGCCCUAGACCUUCUGUCUGAGGACCAACCACCCACCCAACUAUGAAGGGGGCCAUUUAAUGUCAUGAAUUUAAUUGUUUGCGUAAUUUCAAAUCAUCCUUUUAAUUUAUUUUUUUUUUCAUUUUUGAAAUGUAUACUUUCCCCCCUACCAUCCCUACCCUAAUUGGACGAAACUAACGAACAACAAUACUUCUACUGCUACUUAAAGCUAUUUCGCUCACAUCUACGGUACCUGUACUUAAAUAAUUAUGCAUUCCUCAUUUCCUCUUCAAGCACAGCGGCCAAUCCACCAUCCAUUCUACCCUUAACUCUAACCCUCCGAUGUCAGCAGACAGAAUCCACCAUCCAUUCUACCCUUAACUCUCUGUCAGCAGACAGAAUCCACCAUCCACUCUACCCUUAACUCUCUGUCAGCAGACAGAAUCCACCAUCCACUCUACCCUUAACUCCAACCCUCCCGAUGUCAGCAGACAGAAUCCACCAUCCACUCUACCCUUAACUCCAACCCUCCCGAUGUCCGCAGACAGAAUCCACCAUCCAUUCUACCCUUAACUCUAACCCUCCGAUGUCCGCAGACAGUAUCCACCAUCCAUUCUACCCUUAACUCUCUGUCAGCAGACAGAAUCCACCAUCCACUCUACCCUUAACUCCAACCCUCCGAUGUCCGCAGACAGUAUCCACCAUCCAUUCUACCCUUAACUCCAACCCUCCGAUGUCCGCAGACAGAAUCCACCAUCCAUUCUACCCUUAACUCCAACCCUCCGAUGUCCGCAGACAGUAUCCACCAUUCAUUCUACCCUUAACUCCAACCCUCCGAUGUCCGCAGACAGAAUCCACCAUCCACUCUACCCUUAACUCUAACCCUCCGAUGUCAGCAGACAGAAUCCACCAUCCACUCUACCCUUAACUCUCUGUCAGCAGACAGAAUCCACCAUCCACUCUACCCAGACGAGAACAUAUAUUCUACAGUUAAUCUGGCCAACUCUUUCUCUUUCUCUUUCUCAUCCUCUUCUCAAUGUCAUGUUCUGUUAUGUGUCUAAACUCCACAUCUCUUCUUCUUCCACCUUUCCCUCUCUCCCUACAGAGAGACCCAAACCACCUCCUCCCCGAGCCCUACCCUCCUGCUGCUCCUGCUCCAGUAUCCGCCGCACCUCCUCCCUGGAUCUUCUCCUGACUGGACCCUAUCUGACCGGUCACUGGCCUCGGGAAAGCAGCCAUGCCCCAUGUCAACCCUGCAUGAGGGACAAAGCCACUCAGACCCCCAGUGCCUGGGCAGAGGAGUUUGUGGAGAAGAGGAGGGCUUCUCACCAACGCUCAGCCUCCUGGGGAAGCACUGACCAACUUAAAGAGAUUGCCAAGCUGAGGCAGCAGCUCCAGCGCAGUAAGCACAGCAGCCGUCACCAUAGAGACAAGGAACGCAAAUCACCAUUCAAUGGGAACCAUGCUGCUCUCUACCAGGCUCCAAUCCCAAAGACUGUCCUGAUUCCCAUCAAGUCCUCUGUGUCUCGUUUCCGGAACAGUGUGGAAGGGCUGAACCAAGAAAUAGAGAGGAUCAUCGUCUGUGACGCAGGAGAGAGGGACGACCCCCACCAUGUCCCCGACGGACGCCGCCCCCCACCGCUGUCCCUACGCCCCUCCUCUCCUUCAAUCAUAUCACAGUGCUACAGUAGCUCUGCUUUCCGCAGCAUCAACACCCAGACACCCCAGGGUGGGAGAGGGGCCUGUGGAGGUGGAGCGGUCAGUAACAACGUCUCCCCCUCCUUCCUGACUGUCCCCACCGACAUGGAGAUGACGGGGGAGAGAGGGGGAGACGGAGGGGGAGAGAGCCCCUUGCCUAAUAGUGAUGAGCUGCUAACGGACUGCAGUGAAAAAGACCUCGGGCCCAACUCUCCACUCCCUAAAUACGCCUCCUCUCCUAAACCCAACAACAGCUACAUGUUCAAACGAGAGCCUCCUGAGGGCUGCGAGAGAGUCAAGGUCUUCACUGAGGAAACACAGUCCAAGCCUCCCCAGCAGGUCCCUUGUCCUCUCCUGAGGUCCAAGAUUCCCCAGCAGGUCCCUCAGUUCCUCACAGGUCCAGACAGGAACAAGGUCAACUUCAUCCCCAACAGUGGCUCUGCCUUCUGCCUCGUCAGCAUCCUCAAGCCCCUCCUCCCCGCGACCACACAGGAGCUCAGCCUGAAGAGCCCCGGGGCUGAGCCAAACCUUACCUUGUCCCCCCUCAGCACACCUCUUACUGGGGCUUCCCUCAGCCUUUCUCCCCUGACCCUGGACCAACAGACCAGCUAGAGUCCCUAUCAACAGACCAGCUAGAGUCCCUACCAACAGACCAGCUAAAGUCCACCAUAACUACAGGCCCCAAACCAGCCCCACAAUAACCAGCAGACCACCAUAACUACAGGCCCCAAACCAGCCCCACAAUUACCAGCAGACCACCAUAACUACAGGCCCCAUACCAGCCCCACAAUAACCAGCAAACCACCAUAACUACAGGCCCCAAACCAGCCCCACAAUUACCAGCAGACCACCAUAACUACAGGCCCCAAACCAGCCCCACAAUAACCAGCAGACCACCACAACUACAGACCCCAAACCAGCCCCACAAUAACCAGCAGACCACCAUAACUACAGGCCCCAAACCAGCCCCACAAUAACCGGCAGACCACCAUUACUACAGGCCCCAAACCAGCCCCACAAUAACCAGCAGACCACCAUAACUACAGGCCCCAAACCAGCCCCACAAUUACCAGCAGACCACCAUAACUACAGCCCCCAAACCAGCCCCACAAUAACCAGCAGACCACCACAACUACAGGCCCCAAACCAGCCCCACAAUAACCAGCAGACCACCAUAACUACAGGCCCCAAACCAGCCCCACAAUAACCAGCAGACCACCAUAACUACAGGCCCCAAACCAGCCCCACAAUAACCAGCAGACCACCAUUACUACAGGCCCCAAACCAGCCCCACAAUAACCAGCAGACCACCAUAACUACAGGCCCCAAACCAGCCCCACAAUAACCAGCAGACCACCAUAACUACAGGCCCCAAACCAGCCCCACAAUAACCAGCAGACCACCAUUACUACAGGCCCCAAACCAGCCCCACAAUAACCAGCAGACCACCAUAACUACAGGCCCCAAACCAGCCCCACAAUAACCAGCAGACCACCAUAACUACAGGCUCCAAACCAGCCCCACAAUAACCAGCAGACCACCACAACUACAGGCCCCAAACCAGCCCCACAAUAACCAGCAGACCACCAUAACUACAGGCCCCAAACCAGCCCCACAAUAACCGGCAGACCACCAUUACUACAGGCCCCAAACCAGCCCCACAAUAACCAGCAGACCACCAUAACUACAGGCCCCAAACCAGCCCCACAAUUACCAGCAGACCACCAUAACUACAGCCCCCAAACCAGCCCCACAAUAACCAGCAGACCACCACAACUACAGGCCCCAAACCAGCCCCACAAUAACCAGCAGACCACCAUAACUACAGGCCCCAAACCAGCCCCACAAUAACCAGCAGACCACCAUAACUACAGGCCCCAAACCAGCCCCACAAUAACCAGCAGACCACCAUUACUACAGGCCCCAAACCAGCCCCACAAUAACCAGCAGACCACCAUAACUACAGGCCCCAAACCAGCCCCACAAUAACCAGCAGACCACCAUAACUACAGGCCCCAAACCAGCCCCACAAUAACCAGCAGACCACCAUAACUACAGGCCCCAAACCAGCCCCACAAUAACCAGCAGACCACCAUUACUACAGGCCCCAAACCAGCCCCACAAUAACCAGCAGACCACCAUAACAACAAAUGAACACCAGACCCCUUCAGAUCAGAACCACCAGAACUCCCAGCGGAUCCUUUUCUAAUCAUAUGGCAGAAUAACAUGUCUUUUGAAAUGCUCCUCCUGGACGACAAAAAUGACUUUUGCUCUGCAGCUUUGUAGUUGAUAUAGAGUUAGAUAUGUUUACUACUACCACCACCCUAUAACCUCUGACCCUGUAACCUCUGAGUGUUGACAGGACAGUGGACGCAUGGCCCUGCCACUCCUCUCCCUUCUCACUCCUCGUAGGGAGCAGACAAAAUGGACACCCCACAGCCAGUGGUUUGAAGUGAACUGGUCUCAACAACCGAGACUCUCAUUGAUCUCAGAGAUUCAUCUAAACCUAAAGAUUGUUCUGUACCCCAUUCAUGUUUACCUAUGACAGUGGUAGUAUCCAUCUGCAUCUUUCCUGGAAAGAAAAUAAGUAGUCUGUAUUUUGUCAUAUUUUUUUGCAGUGGAGCUUUGUAUCAGAAAUGUAUUUUUAUGUAAUGCAUGUAAUAAACAAACAAUGAUAUGA